CAACCACCUCGCUCUCACUCCAUUCCACCAGCAACAACGACAACGAGCUUCCGUCCGCUCACGCUCACGCUCACGCAUUCAAGCAAAUAUGGCAGCCCUCCGCAUCGCCCCCGCGCCCACACACACCGCCAGCACAACGCCCACUCUCGGCGCCCCCUCCGCGCCCGGCGUGCACGACACGCUGCGCUCGAACCUCGGACUCGCCGCGCCGGCCAGUGCGCUUGCACCCAUCCCCCAGCAGCAACUCACGCAAGCCGACGGCGUUGCCCCAGAGCCGCUGCAGUCGGCCCACCCGCUCGAGGCCCGCCUCGCCCGCUGGCGCGCCACCCAGGACGCCCUGAAGAUGGAGGGCCUGCGCCGCGCGUACGGCGUCGCCGAGCCCGUGCGCCGCGGCAUGGAGCUGCGCGAUGCGGCGCGCGGGGAGUGGCGGCCUAAGGCGCUGGGUGGGAGCGCGGGCGUGCAUGGGGAUGUGCUUGCGGGACGGGACGCUGAGGUUGCGUGGGAGGAUGUCUUUAAGGGCGACGAGCUCCGCGAGCAGCCAGACUUCCAUACCGAGAUGGAGGCGCGCCUGCGCAUGAACUGGUAGAUGCGUGGCGCUGCCGACGAUGACGACAACAUCUCACGCCCACACUCUCUCGCAUGCACGACACGGAAAGACAGAUGGAACGGGACGGACCGGACGGACGGGAUUGAUGGACGGGUGGACGAACAGACAGACAGACAGACACUCGGUCACGACGGUAGAGCUCAGCGGUAUGGAUGGAUGCAGGACGGAAGUCGCAGACGGCAGUUGCAAGGCAGGAUGCAGGUACGCAGGCAGGCAAGGCUUCACAACUUCACCACCUCAGACAGACGAACCAGCAGUGCAGUGCCUAGAACCACACUGCAGAAGGAAGUCUAGCACCUUACCUGGCCUUAGCUAGCUACCAAACGAAGCACUUGUUUGCACAUUGCAAUACCUAGACAACCAAGCUAGCUAGCUAGCUAGCACAAGACGAUGCAUGCACUUGCCUCAAUACCAUUCCAUCCA